UCAGGGGAGACGUCUGCGUGCGCGCUGCACACAGCCUGCCUUUCUUUUGACUGGCCACAACAAUUCUCAUGUUUAUAUUACGUCAGUCUUUUUUAAACCAGUACAUUAUUGUGUUGAAGCUCUUAUUCAAGUAAGAAUUUAAAGCUCGUGAUGUUUUGUCGUUCGUCCAAGUGUUCCGGGAUAAUGUUUCUGAAGCUAUAGCUAGUAGAGCUGCUAAAUGUUUACAUCAACCAACCCGUGUUAGCUAGCACCCGUUAACGUUAGAUGCGACGCAUAGCUUCAGUCCGUGGGUAAUAAAGACUACAUUUUAACGUCAGCCCAUUCCGGACUCGGAAGACAUGCCACCUAAAAAACGGAUUCUCAAGAAAACACUAAAAUUGGAGUGUGAAUGGAGUUCUUGUCAGGAGUCUUUCAGUUGGAUAGAUAACUUCUGCAAACAUGCGGAGGGUCAUCUAAAUAAUGCUCUGAACAUGGCGGAGGAGGACGAAGAAGAAACAGGAGGGGAGAGAAACUGUCUUUGGAGAGACUGCGGUUUCUGUUCUGUGGAGGGUCCUGAAGAGUUAAGAAGACAUCUGUUCUUUCACUGUUACCAUACUAAGCUGAAGCAGUUGGGUCAGCAGGUGCUCAAUGCCCAGACAGAAAUUGGCACUUGCUCCAUCGGCUACCAGAACCGCAACGUCAUCCCUGAAAUCCCAGACAAUUUUGUCUGCCUUUGGGACGAAUGUGAGCAACCACCAUAUGAAAACCCAGAAUGGUUCUAUCGCCAUGUGGAGAUGCAUAGCCUGAGCAUAGAUAUACCAGCAGGAGACCAUGAAUUCCAAAUACAUUGUGGAUGGAAAGAUUGCGAAGCCACCGCUAAAGGGCGUCCUAAACUUCGGGAGCACCUCCGCAGCCACACUCAGGAGAAAGUAGUGGCAUGUCCAGGCUGUGGGGGGAUGUACGCCAGCAACACCAAGUUAUUUGACCACAUCAUACGACAGAGUGCCAUGGAAGGUCAGAGGUUCCAGUGUUCUCACUGUUCCAAACGUUUUGCAACAGAAAGACUACUGAGAGACCACAUGAGAACUCACGUGAGCCACUACAAAUGCCCACUUUGUGACAUGACUUGUCCGUCACCUUCUUCACUACGCAACCAUAUUAAGUUCCGCCACAGUAACGAAAAGCCAUACAGCUGUGAAUACUGUGAAUACAGCUGUAAGAAUCUAGUAGACUUGCGCAAACACUUGGAUACUCACAGCAGCGAGCCGGCAUUUCACUGCAACGUUCCUGGCUGUGGCUUCACCUCUCGUAACCUCGGCACCAUGACGAUUCACCACAAAAGAGAGCAUGAGGGGAAUUUUGUAGCCCGUUAUAAGUGCCAUGUGUGCGAUCAGUGCUUCACCCGUGGCAACAACCUAACUAUUCAUCUGCACAAAAAGCACCAAUUCAAAUGGCCCUCUGGACACCCCAGGUUCAGGUACAAAGAACAUGAGGACGGCUUCCUGCGGCUGCAGCUGAUUCGUUACGAGAGUGUGGAACUGACAGAGCAGCUAAUGAGUGAAAGACAAAGCAGUCAAGCGGAGGAGGAUGAGGACAGUGGCCAGAUUGAGGAUGAAUCCCUGGGGGCAGCUCCCUCAGAGUUGCAGGUAGAACUGAGAGGGGUGCUGCUAGAGGAGCAGAGGAUUGAGGGAACAACCGCCAGUGCUGAGGGGGGCAGUCAGGAAGAUGGCUUGUUGUACGUUCUCACUGGAGGUUUGUCAGAAGCAGGGGAGGACUCUGUCAUGCAGCAGUUACAGGAUACUGCUCAACAGCAAGGAAUGCACUUAGGUUGAAUGCCACAGUCCUGCAAACACAACCUAUACAUACAUGACAGGAUAUUCUGUAAUCAGCUGUGCUGUUUCACAGAUGCAUGGCACAUGCCUGAAAUGUCUUUAAUGGGGCCGGAAGCACUUAAUACGUUUAAACGUUUAAAAUGAAAAGAUGUAUAUUCCAUGAUGCCCAAUACUUGACUAUAAGGCUGCAUUCACACAAAACCAGGGACACUUGAUGUCAUUCUUGUGUCAGUUUUUGCGGUUCGAUGGGGCAUGAAAGAAGUGGGUUAUUUACAUGUAAUCUGGAGAAAAUGUCAGUCUUCUGCCUGGCAUCACCACACACAAUAUGACAAUGUCUUUCAUGAGUUCACCUGGAACUCCCAAACAGAAAGUAUGUUAAGAAUGUUUCUCUUUACCAAUGUUUUUUCACUUAACAUGCGGAGGUCCACAGUAACAAGCGUUAACUUCAACUAAUGUCACCUAUCGUAGCGAACGUUAUGCUCAAUGUGAAAAACAACAGCAGAGAGAAACGGACUUACUUGCGGUUUGGGAGUUUCAAGUAAACUCGUGAAGCUGUAGACGUACGGUAAAGCCAGAGACUGCUGUAAAGCCGUCAAUGUGCAUCUGAUGCCCUCCGGCCCAAAAACACUUUUUCCCAUAGACUUACAUGGCAUUUAAGAGACGUCAGUAAAUCAGUAAAAACAAUUUUUUUUUUUUUUUAGCUUUACAACCAUGCAAAAUGACUGGUUUCACUAUAAGAAUUUGAUUCAUUCUGUCUGAAAACAUUUGGAAAUGCAAGAAGAGCUCUGUUAAAUAAUUUACUCUCUGUUCAAGUUAGCCGGAGUGCUUAAUAGGAUGUAGCCAGCAGAAGUCUCUGGUGCGCUUCCUCUAUGGGCCACACAGUGCAGAACUAGUGUCAAUCAUCCAGGUAAUUUUAAACGUAGCAGUUGAACAUUUCUGGCCUCAUGCACCGCUGAGCAACUGUCAUAGGAAUGAGCGGGGGCCCUACUUCCAACACUGUGUCCAGUUCUCUUUAUACAUCCAUGGGCGCUAUUCGCUGUUCUUCAUUACUGGUAGGCAUUCUUCUUCGGCAUUUAGCCGGAGACUAGAACACUUGUAGGUGGUUGUGCAGUAGGUCCAGAAGAAUUGCAUCCGUCUGUACCUCUGGUACCUGCUGUACCGGUUCCUGUAAAAAAAAAAACAAGUAUCAUCACAUUUUUAGAAUUUUGGCAAUGACUUGGUAUCGAAGAAUCGGUACUUGUGACAUCCCUAGUGGGGAACACAAUGGCCCUAUAAGGGACUUUCCCUUACUGCUGCACAACCCUGCGCUAAUUGCUGCAACGCCUGUUUUGGUGUGAAUGCAACCUAAGCCUAUGUCAGAUAAUAAACCUGUUUUUAUUGCUAAUGUUGAGCUUGUGGGCAACCUGUUGUUCAGUAUUUAUUAUUAUUUUCAAUACAUUCAUUGUAACUUAUACUGUUACAUGUUUAGACAGUUGAAUACUCAUGCUGCACUGCCUAGUGGGUUGUCAUUGCUCUCCCAAAUUCAGAAAUAUAUCAACCACACCCUUUGAGAAGGUUAGGGAUACUGUAUGAGUUACAACAUUGUUGUUCACCAAAAUGUAUGGAAUGCAACAAAGAGGGUCAUCUUAUUAGUUUAGAGGUUGUAUUUUUUGACGUUUAAACAACUUGAAUAAACUGGUGACAC